AAAACGGUCGCUCAAUUUUUUCUUCCUCCCGUCGGCGCUCUCGCUUCUGCCGCCUUGCCGACCAGUCCUCCUGCGGGCAUUGAGCCGCCAGCACCGGCAUCCACAACCCCGUUUGCAAUCUGCAAACCCCCCCCGGCCGGAUCAGCCAGCGUGACGACGCGCCCUGCUGGAACUCAACUCCCCGGUCAUCGCAUGAAUCCACGCGCCGCCUGCUAUCUUCAAUAGUCCGACCAACCCCAGAGACACCGCUGUGCAAGCAUGGGUGUCCUUGGCGCUCUCUGCAUUGCGCUUGCCGCCGCUCAAGUCGCCUCGACCCAACCUAUUGUACCUGACACCGCACCUGUCGCCGGCGAGAAUGGGCUGAUCAGCAGCGUCUCCCCGACCCUCAUCGUCUUGGUGGGCUGUGUUGCCGCCGCGGCUCUCGUCGGCCUUAUGAUCCUCGGAUGGAAGCGUAAGCCGUCUAAUGGCCAAUCCGAGCCCAGUUCACCACCGGCCCAGCAACGGCCCGCAGGCACGCCACUAUCACCCAGGGACGACGCCGUCGCCAGAGAACUCGAGCACAUUACCAUUCAUCGGCGGCAGAUGCUCUCCCAGAAGAACCCAAAGCCCCCAGUGUUUCCCAACGACAGCCAGGGCUUCGACAUAAUCACUCCAUCCUCGCAUUCUGAGCCGCUCAAGGCCACGUUUAUCAAGUCACCCGGGACGAGUCCCCGGUCGAGCGUCAGCAUCAAUAUCUCGACUCCACAUGGCUCUGCACCGUCCACACCCGUCCUGAAUCCCUUGACUCUGUCUGCGCCAUCACUCCAAGUCUCGCUAUCGUCUAGUCCCCGGGCUCGUCUCUCUAUGCUGUACAGCCCCAGUCUGCCCCUCGUUACGUUGCCCGGCCCGUCCGUGGGAUCGUACGAAUCCCAGGUCCUGGACGACCUGGAGUGGAUGGAGGAUGGGCUCCCGCGGAUGAAGGCCUCAAGUCUUUUUGUAGACUCGGCCUCCCUGACGCUGCGCUCGGCUCUCUCCGACGCCUCCUCGACCCCGAGCUACUCCUCGCACUCGACAAGCACCGACUGCAGCGACAGCCAUGCUCUUGUCGUCGACAAGAGCCCCUAUCCUCUGCCCUUGCCCAUGAACAGAGUGCGCUCCGCCACGACCAUCUCAGUCCCGACCGAAAUCGCCGACAUUCCCCACCGCCCUCGCUCCCACUCCCAGUCCAACGAGCGCUAUCUCGCCGCUUCAAAGGAUCUUGAUCAUACCGGAAAAAUUCUCGAGCGCCAUCGUCUCAAGAGGCAGUCCGUCAGGAUUGGCUUGCCGGCGCACCAGCACCCGCCCCCGGCGACGUUUGAAUUUGAAUACUCGCCACGAACGCCUCCUCCGUUCACACGCAACCCACUCCCGAAACUCCCAGAGUGAAUCUGAUUCUACUCCCCUUGUUCGCCAUUCGCCAUACCGACUCCCAGACCACCAUUUCUCUGCCCUAUAACUUGUAUCUAUACCAUGCAUAUAUCUUCCCGCCACCAUUACUCCUUUCUCCAUGCAUCCCUUCAUUCACCUUGCUCUAGUCUAGUCAUUAAUCCACAUGUACCCCCUUCGCGCUCUAAAUAUAGUUCCGAUCAGUUUUGUUAUUGUAAAAAUCCAG